GUUUCCUCAUCAGUGAAAUCCGCAUCGCAAUGAAGCCUUCACAAUUACUUUUUGGUAUCGCUGCUGCUGUGGGUGUGAAUGCGGCUACACCUCCAGGAUCGAGUCCCCAGGUUCCUAAUUCGUUGGGUUUGGUGUUCGAUAAGAAUAUUGUAACACCAGGUGAAAUGGUUGCUCAAUCUGUCGCCGAUGCAGCACAACCCUCCCUCUUCUACACCCCCCACCUCAAACCUGGACCCCGCGGCCUCAAAAAACAUCCCCUGCCCCUCCCCCUCCCAAAGCCCUUGGACAAAACCUACCUCUUCACCCUCGUAGAUCUAAACCUCCCCUUCUUCGCCCUGCCCCCAACCACAGAUUUCGCCUCUUUGGUCCCCGGCAUCGGGAAAAACCGCACAACACGCCUCCAUUGGUUCGAAUACAACGUCCACGCCUCUGCCCCAUUCUUCUCGCUUCAAAACCAGAGUCUCCCCAUUGCCGAGUAUCAAGGUCCCAUGCCGCCAAAAGGGGAUGGAUUCCAUAAUUACGUCUUGUAUCUUUUCGAACAGCCAGAAGGGUUUGAUCCCGAGGAGUAUUUGGCGCAAGAUUACGAUGGAGAUUCUUUUGCGAGGAUGAAUUUUUCGGUAAAGGGGUUGGAGGAGAGGGUUGGUGCGGCGCCUGUUGCUGCUAAUUAUUUCUUGGUGGAGAAUGAGAAUAAUACUAGGACUGCUUGAUGUGUUUGGUAGAAGGAAGAGGAUUAGAAGCUUGUGGGUAGCUAGCAGUUUGUAGCAUUGUUUGUUCGAAUCGAAAGUCAUUGUUUUCCAGAA